UGAGUGAGGACAGCGAGGAUUGAAAGAGAGCAGAAUGUAAACAACAAUCUAACAUGGAGCUAUGGUUUGAAUGGGAAGAAAAUAACGAAGAACAUUUGUCCUUUGACGACAGCGAUCGCUUUGAAGAAGAUUCACUUUGUUCCUGGGUUUCAGAGCCAGAAAGUCUCUGUGGAAAUUGGCGAGGCUGGAAGAGAAAUUCUCAAAAUGGCGUCCAGUUUGGUUCAGACUUGGGUGAAGGGACAGUCGAAACUCUUAUUGAAAUUUGCGCUAGGACAGUAGCAGAACAUUUUCCUUUUGAAACUGUUGAGUGCAAAUUUCCUCAGAUUCCUGAGCAGCUCCAGCAACGAAUCGCUUUUUGGUCGUUUCCGCUCUUUGAAGAAGACAUUCGACUCUAUUCGUGUUUAGCAAAUGGCUCUCCGGAUAAAUUUCUGGAAGGGGAACAGCUUCUCAAAGUGCAGGCCGUUAAAGAUGUACUGCAGAUUGGUUUUCAUUUAAGUGGCACAGUUCACCAACCUCACAGUGUUUGCCAAAGCAAAGGAAUAUUUAAUGUAGCCGUCACAUUUGACAGAGGCCACAUAACCUCUUGUAAUUGUACUUGUGAUCAAACUGCAACCUGGUGUUCUCAUGUAAUUGCCUUGUGUCUUUUUCGAAUACACUUCCCAAAGAUGGUUUGCCUAAGAGCUCCAGUAUCAGAAUAUUUAUCUCGUUUGAGACGGGAUCAGCUCCAGAAGUUUGCUCAGUAUCUCAUCACAGAACUGCCACAACAGCUUCUCCCAACUGCUCAAAGGCUUCUUGAUGAGCUACUGUCUUCACAAGAAUCCACCAUUAACUCUGUACCAGGUGCUCCAGAUCCCACAGCAGGGCCAUCAGCUACAGAUCAUUCAAAAUGGUGUUUGGAUGAAAGUUCUCUCCAUGAGAACAUUAAAAAGAUGCUUGUGAGAUUUUGUGGCCCAAGUCCUUUGGUAUUUAGUGAUGUGAAUGCACUCUUUUUAGCAAAUACUGCUCCACCCACAGCUGCUGAAUGGUCAAAUAUACUCAGACCUUUAAAAGGACGAGAGCCUGAGGGGAUGUGGAACCUUCUGUCCAUUGUUCGUGAACUCUUCAGCAGGGGUGACAUGAAUGCAGUGAAUCUUCUGGUUAUUCUCACAGAAGAAUGUCUAGCCAAUGAUCAGGUGCUAAUUUGGUGGUAUGACAGUCGGAGUCAAGCUUCAGGGAAUUCCCCUUCUCAUAGUUAUGGAAAUAAUUACAGGGGGAACACCAAUACUGCAAGCACAGAAGCAACUAAACAUGCUUGUGCUGGAUUUUGUGACGAACUUGUGGCAUUGUGGAGACUGGCGGCUUUGAAUCCCAAGUUGUCAAAUGAUGAGAGGGAAGAGAUGAAGAUGCAAUUGCAAGAGUGGCAUCAAAAGACUGUAGAUAAAGGACAAACAGGGCGAGGUGCCAGUGUUUCGAUUCCACCUGCAGCAAUUUCAUGCUUUCCUGGUUUUCUUGCUGCAAUAGAAGCUUGUUCUCUCAACUGGAAAAAUGUGGAUGUAGGUUUAGUUCCCAAAGAGAGAAAUCAUGAACCCCAGCUUUCUUCAGCGCUGAAGAGCGAUACAGGGACAGCACAAUCCUGUGGGAGCACAGAGACUGGACUUCAUGAAAAUGUCUUAUCUUCUAUUGAAAGCCCCAUUGUUAGCGUCAGCCCGGGUACAACUGAAGAAAGCAUCAGCAGUUCAUCAGCAGAUGAGCACAACCCAAUUUUCGAUGCCGGUGAAGAUUUACAAGUCUUAUGUGCACGAAUGGAGGCUCUUCAUGUCCAUGGCUACAGUUCCCUGGCCGGAAAACUAGCCGUGAAACUUGCAGAGAAUAUUCUGAGCGAUGAUAGGAACGUCUCGUCCCAUUUUAGUGCCAGGAGCAAGAGACUGGGUGUUCGCAUGACAUCGUUUACAAAUACUAUUCUGCUGAAAGCUGGUUUUCUGUGCAAUGUGCUGGCAGAAGACCUGCACUGUCAUCAUUUAGCUUUCAAAGUCUGUAUGUUAGGAUUGGAAAUGCCAAGGCAGCCAGCUAAGAGUAAAGCAUUAGAGGUCAAACUGUUACAUCAAGAAUCAGAGUUGGUCAGCUUGCUAAAGAAACUUCCUCUUGGACCAGCUGAACUCGCUAUUGUUAAGGAAAAGGCCGGGCUUCUUCAUCAGGGUGAACUGAGAAGAGGAGAGGCUGUUCUGCCCAUCAUGUUGGCCUCAUUCAUCUUUGAUAUCUUGAGGUCAAGCGAUACUGAAUCAAAAGCUAAGCGGCAAGCUGCAAGGAAACUAUGCGAAACAACUAAAGAAGACGAAGAGCUGGGAUUUAAAGCUGCUCUGUAUGCUAUAGUCACCAGUCCUCCAGCACCAGUGACAGUGGUACAGACAGCAGCUGUAAAGAUACUUCAGGAAUAGACAGAUACAAACUCCGAGGAGGAAAUGAAAGAUCUUAUGAACAAAGACUCUUAGCAAGUAAUGCUUCGUUGUCAUUGGAUGAAGAAAGCGGAAAUUCAAGUGGAGUUGAUACAGAUUCUGUUCCAGUCCCUCACCUUGGGCUGGCAGCGUACAAGGCUGAUCUUCAGGGAAGUAAGCAGAAUGAUGAAGGAAUCCUCCAUUCGCAUGAAACUUUAAGCAAGGCUUCACCUAAUUGUGAACCAACGCAGUGUGAUCCGUUUAUCAACAGCAGUCAACACUAUGACGCUGCCAGUAACCCGUCUUCCGUUCUUCGACCAGAUGCUGUUCCCCAGAGUAGAGAAGACCUCAUAGAUGUGGACCACCUACAUAAUCAAGUGCCUAUCGUGGAGGACUCGGAUACUAUUCCACCAAACCAAAACACUCAAAAUAGCGGUGAUCCUAACCUCUUUGCUCCGAGUGUCGAUGUUCCACGUCCUUGCGAAGGAAAUGCACCAUCACAGCGCUUAGAAAGUGUUCAUUUCUAUUGUAAUUCAAAUGACAGAGAAGCUUUUAAUUCCUGUUCUAGCGACAACCCAGAGCUUAGCCAGAGGGUAAUCCUGGCCAAUCAUGGUCUCUCGUCUGAAGGUGAUGUGUCGGACAUUGAAGCGGAUUUUGAUGAAUGUCAUAGCCGUGUUCAGCAAGAAUUGUUUCACGAAAUUGAAUCAAGUCACAAUUUGAUAAAUGAGGGUGAAACGGGAGAAGUUGGAGCUUCGCCUUCAAGUGGUGCCGUCGAUAACGAACUCUCAGAGACAUCUAAUGUAUUCUUUCAAGUUGGAAAUAAGGCAUCUAGUUGUUCAGUUGCUAAAGGCGAAUCUUGCAUUGGAGGAGAUGCCGUUGUGAUAGCUCCAUCAGAAGUAUUAGAAGAACAAUCUAGUGAAUCCGGCUCCAGAGGAAGCGUUAGCGCCGGUGCAGAGGAUACUAAUAGAAGCCGUCGUCGUCGUGGACGAAGGAGGAGGAGGGGAGGCAAAUCAGCUCUGUAUCAAGCAACUGAGGCUGAAGCUCAUUUCAUGUUUGAACUGGCUAAGGCUGUCCUUUCUAAGGCCGGAGGAGGCAAUGGCACCUCUGUGUUCACACAAGCAACAAGCAGCGAUACUCAAGCUGGUGCCCAUAGAGUACUGCAGCUGUGUGCCUUUGAAAUUGGACUUUUUGCACUUGGACUGCACAAUCGAACUUCGGCAAAUUGGUUGUCGCGAACGUACUCAUCACAUGUCUCUUGGAUCUCUGGUCAAGCCAUGGAAAUUGGCCAUCAAGCGAUAACGCUUCUCCUAAAACGCUGGGAGGGUAACUUGACCCCCUCUGAAGUUGUGUCUAUUGCUGAUCGAGCAUCCAGGUAUAAUGAUCGCGCUAUGGUACGUGCUGCGGCUGAACUUGGACUGUCGUGUCUUCACAUGGCAACUACUCUCAAUCCCGGGGAGAUUCAGCGGGCCUUGUCUCAGUGUCGUGAGGAGGAUGCCCAAUUAUUGGAACAAGCGUGUCAAGCUGUUGAAAGUGCAGCUCGGGGCGGCGGAGUGUAUCCUGAAGUUCUGUUUGAAGUCGCUAAGCACUGGUACCACCUUCACGAGAAGAACCAAACCAACAAUAGCUCAGCUUCCGGACCAGGAAAUAGCGAAUCAAGAAGUCGAAGUUCUUUGAAUAGAUCUUCUCAGUCUGUAGCCUCGUCUGGCCAUUCUCCUCCAGUGAGCCCGUUUGUACCCCAGGUACCACAAUUUACAAUGCCUCCUUGUUAUCCGUCCAUACCUCCUCCUCUGUACACAACGCCCGAACAAUACGUACAGCAGCAGAUGCACCAGCAAGUCCAUCAGAUGAUGGGGCAUUAUCCCCCCUAUUUACCGGGGGCAUCCUCAGGAUACCGUUCAUAUUCUCAAUCGCGAUCCUUGACUGGGCCUCAAUACUCAUUAUCAGGAGGUUACACAGGACCUACUCCUCCACCAUAUCAAGCCACCAAUUUUAAUUCAAGUUUAAGUCAGCAUUUAAAUCGCGUAUCAGCCGGACAGCAAGGGAUACACGUUUCGUAUCAUCUAAACAGUGCAUACCGGGUGGGCAUGUUAGCGCUGGAGUUCUUAUCCAGACGCACCUCAGAUGACCGACCUAACGUAAAAUUUUCGCGUAAUCCGAAUUGCAGCGAUGACAUCAGGUGGCUGUGUUCACUGUCUGCUAGGCUCGGCAAUUCGCAUCUUCAGCGAUUCUGUGUUGCUGCUUUGAACGCAGUGGCUAGCCCGUUUGUGCUACACGACCUUGCCUUGGAAGCAGCGAGACACAUGGCGCGCUCUAACCCAGCGCAACUGACGGCAAAUCUACGCUCUCCGACCAUUAGUCCUUUAGUACAGAAGAGCUUGACUAUGUAUGCCCAGUGUGUCCAUUACAACUUGUUAAAAAUUUCCCAGAGCGAGUACGAUGAGUUCGUUGAGCUGCUUAGACACGCUCGUGGAGCGUUCUGCAUGGCACCGGGUGGAAUGACGCAGUUUAACGAGCUCUUGCAAAGUAUCCGGCGGGGGCAACCCAAAAAGAAAGAACUUUGGCAAAUGAUUAUGAGUGGACUAGCCAAAGCUUAACUUGUGAGCAUAAAACGCACCUAAUGUUUGGAUCAACUGUUCGGCACUGAAAGUUGUUAUCUUUUUUCAUCUCAAUUAUAGUAUUAUUAUGAACACAUUGAACUUGGUUGUAAUCAAAGGAACACCAGCAAGGACUAGAUGAAGAAUGUUGUAGAUGCAAUUUUAAGCAUUUAGGACGCUAUAUUUGGCAUUGUUAGUUUUUUCUUGAAGUUGUUUAAAGCGAUGUUCGGGCGUCUAUACUGAUCAUAUUUAUUUAACCACGAGAGUCGUAAGAACGCUUCUUAUUUUGUAAUUUAAAUCAUGUGUAAAGAUAUCGUAAAAUUGUUAGGGGCCGUUGUCAUCUUUGUCGUUGAGAUAAAAAAAAUUAAGUAUAUUUAUUGAUACACUUUAUUUAUUUUUGUCAAAAAUGUCAUCACUUAUUAUGUUGAAUACAGUUCCUUAAACCGAAUUGAAAAGCACUUUUCAAGCGGACGACUUCGCACUGUUGCCAGCAUUGAUAGAUAGAUUACUUAAAGUUCAUGAAUAAAGUCGCCUCUGCCAGAAUA